AUGGGCACACAAGAUGCUGUUUUCCAAACUGCUGUCAACGUCUCGUUGGCUACGAAUCAGAGUACUCAAUUGGGAACGACGGAGCGGCAAGAGCCACAAGAGGCUUCGUUCAUUACAAGGAUUUGUAGAUUUGUAGUCAUGGAUGGGCACUCGGCAACGAUCCCGCUGCGCUACUCAACUGGCCGUUCUCCAAAACCUACAUAUGACCACCACUGA